GUUUGCAACAAGCAAACAUAAGCGGGUACCCGAAAGAAUGCAAAUUGCCGGAGGCAGCUAAUGAUCCCGGCGGAGUGGGGCCGGCGGUCCGGUGAUUUCAGGCGAUUACCCCGGACUUUCAUAAGUGGCUUCACCAAGUGCGCCAUUUGAUCUCGUUUACCAUUUCCCCUAUUCAUCCCAUUUCUUCAUUUUUCAGGUUUCUUUCCGCGCCCUCACCUUCUCAUGAAUCUUUCGUUACGUCGUUUCAGCUUGUGCUACUCAAGCGUUUAAGCACAGGAGACUCCAAGAUGCCACUCACACAACAUGAAAUACACCCCACGGCCCUGGCUCAGCCACAGGGAUGAUCUCUGUUCGUUUCUCAACGAUUGGAGAUGAUGUGUUCUUUGCCACGCCUGGCUUUUUACCAAGCACAGCUGGUGUGGCAGCUUGUGGCGACGUUGACCAAUUGCCAUCACCAAUUGGAUGAUGAUCAUUAUACCCAGUGAAAGGGAUGGAGAAUAUUCGCAAGCAAUAAGUUUACACAGCCUGAAUCAUUUACAAAUUGGUUGCGUAGGUAUGGCGAGCUUUCGAUGUCGGGACCAGAGUCUCAAAUACAAUUGAACAAGGCGCUGAGAGAAAGUGACAUAUCAUUGCAGCCCGCCUCGCGUUUCAAAUAGACCACCAACACAAGCGAAACAAAGAAACCACCACGCUCAAACAGUCUAGGAGAAAGCCAUCCCAAGCCAAGACAAUUCCCAGCGAAAGCAAUCAACGCAUCCCUCCUUGCCCUAUCCUAGUCAUUAUCAUCCAUCAUAAGCAUUGAAGACGUUCAGUAUCUUCCUUGCACUCCUUUUAAUCUUUCAUCUAUCAUGCAACCUUCGCGAAGCACCACGCCUGUCUGCGCCGGCUGCAAUGGUUCUUUCCCGAUUCUUCAUAUCGUACCUUAACUGCCAGCAGCGGGGGGUGCCUGCCCUUCGGUCGACGUUUACGUAUAGAAACUGGAAAGACUGCUGCUUGCCUUGACAGGCACGACAGGAGAGGGCGCGAACGCACUCAGUGUGUCCUCUAGAAGUCUCUAUCGCCAUGUUCACUCCCGUCCCCUAUACCUCAUUUUCCCAAAGGCUGGAAGCCAGAAAGACAUGUUUCACUCCUCCAUAUCUGUGUCGUCGGAAAUUUCGAGCAUCAUGUCGUCUUGGAGUGCGAUCGAAGAAGUGUCUCGAUCCAGACCAAGAAAGGCGACUCGAUCCAAGACGUGGCUAAUGUCUCUUUGUCUCCCGUUCAUUCCCGGUCUCGUUGUUUCAUCGAUCCAGGAGUGAAACGCCUCGUCGUUAGGUUCCUCAUCAUCGCUAUCGAGGUCCAUCGGUUCAUAGGAUUCGUUUGGUUCAGCUCUCUCCUGGCUUGGGCAAUUAUGCACAACCCGCCAGCCGUGGUCAACACUACUUCGCCAUUAGACUUGUCACUAUCCGGGUGGAAGCACAAUCGACAAACCUGUCACAGCUUCCUUGGAAGGCAUACACUUGAGAAAGUGUGGGCACAGAGCCAUCCCUGGUCUGAUCAUGACUCGACGGGCUGUCCUGUUUGACAACAUAUGGGAGAGUCUGCACUAUUAGUAUGCUCUCUGUUGAAGGGAGAUGCAGUAACCCAUAACUUACCCAGGCUUGGUGGUUCUCACAUUCGUCUGCUGUCUUAGGGAGACAGGGAGAGGGAGAUUGAUGGCCUUGCUCUUGCGCUCCCGGAAGAGGCCGGGAGACUACCCCGUUACCGUAGGUAGUGGGACUGUCCUGGGACACUAUUUUGAGAUCUCCUUGAUCAUGCUUAUAGGCAAGGUCACAGUUGAUGCACACCCAACGACCAUUCUUUCUCUCACAUGCUUGUGAGCAGGUAAUGCACAUCGGAGCCACGGGCCCGCGAAGCUCAGAAUGAGGAUCCAUGGUAGGACGUAUGAAAGCACACUGAAUGAUGCUAGUGAAGCCCCCGAACUACCAAUAUCCUCCUUGCCUUCGAUGCUGGCGGCUGUACCAGAGGUUGAAAGAUGCCACGCAAGACGGAACUUCCAGGGGAUGAGGCUCGAGGAGUAUCGACGAGGAAGCUACAGGCAAGAUUCUUCCGGUUGCUGGAAAAGAGUAUGGAUCGAGUCGCCAGUCACUCUGUUUCUAUGAACAGAGCGAUGUUCUUCUUGACAGCAAAGACUGGAAAGGGCUGGUUCCAGAUGUGAUAACACACGGGGCUCCGUACAAGAUUACGGUGCUUUUGCGUGUCUCCGCAGACACGCCCAGCUGUUUAAUGGAACCGAAGAAGUGAUUGGCCGAUGAGGCGAGACGAUGCGAAUAACGAUCAGCAAUACGCUCAUAACAGGGGUACAGGCUACUGUACAUGUGCUGGCACAAAGGAGAGGCAGCACCGAUCAUCCCGGUAGUCUUCGAAUUUUGUUGGAGGAUACCCAAAAGUAGUGGAUCAACGGAAGAAGCAAUCGACGUGAAGAAAAAGAAAAGGGAACGUGUUCGUUGGUCGACUUGGAGUGAUGGAGUCGUCGUGUGUCGAAGCUACCAAGUCUUCAGGCGGCAUCCAACCAGAUGGCGCCUUGGGUCCUUGGUACAAUGACAUAGCAGCCCGGGCAAGGCAGCCUGGGGGGCCAUCAACCGAUUGGAGAGUUUCCAAACGAGGUCCCAUAAGUGGAAGAUGCUUAUGAGCGAGGCGCACACCAUGUUCUCAUUCAUAAGAGCAUUCCAGGCCUUCUUUGAUGAUUGAACGAAACGAAACGAAACGAAACGGAUGCGAAACAGAACAGAAGGCUGAAGCCAUACCUGCUGACGUGGACGUGGGAUUCGCCAGUGCCAUGGUAACGACCUGAAUCUGUCAACACUCGACAAGAAAGACUGACCAGUGCGGAACUGCAAAAGUCUCUCGUAUUUUGUGGCCAGAAGCAAGAGUUUCAGGUGAAGGAACCACAACCGUGGACAUAUGGGACUACUUAACAUCUCCUCCCUUUAAGCCACUCUCCUAAUCUGCACGCGUCGGCCCCCAAGAAUACAGAUUUCAGCUCGGAACCUUCAUUCCCAGCACCGAGAUUCUCUAGUGGUGUGAGACAGACCCUCUAUGUUUUAUGUAUUGGGGGUUGAUUGUCGCCAAACGUCCCUCAGCCUGAUUUCCAGCUAUGAAUAUUGGUGGCUGGCACCCUGUCAGAGCACAUGCUUUGGUGCCAGGUCUCAGCAGAGAGUAACUUUUGUCGCACAUUCCCAUCAGCCUACAGGGCUUUGCAGGCUGUCAAAGUAUUAAUACGAUAAAACUACCGCUAUCUCAGUGCAGUUGGGGGCUUGAAGGUCUACUUAAGAGGGCUUUACACUAUCGAAGACGACAGUGAACUGUUUAAGUACGCCACGAAGCUCCAAUCUACAGGGGUCACGUCCAACAUACUAUACGAUGAGCGGAUGCACAAGAUUAAGUUGGCCAAGAUGGCCAGGCUCCAGAUCAGAGUCAGUGACGGGUGUUACCUCCAACAAACAACUCAUUUAAUCAACGGUCAUCACGAUCAAUGCGCGUCUCUUCUCCAUCACAUACAGAUUGAGACAAACGUAGCGGAAUGCCGUUUAAAUGAUUCGCAGUUGGCUUGGCUGAUUCACUAGCCUGCCCAUUAGCAAACAGCGUGAGAUGCAAUGGGGAAAUCACUCUCUGUCAAGUGGACAGAUCUUGGGUGUGAAGCUGCGAACUUGCAUGCAGUGUAUGCACCAUUUCUGGGUGCAUCGCGCUAUUGUUUUCUCAUGCAGCCAUCACCUAUUGGAGAAGUUGGAUGGUGGACGAAAGACACGACCCUCCGCGGGGGAAAUACACGGUUGUGGCUUACACCGAAAUUCGCCGGCGAUCCACCCUUUUAGAGACUACCCAGCCAACAUCUGGUUCAUUAGUCUCGCGAUGACCUUGGUUGUCCAGAUCAAUUGUAUUGAUUGAUAAAGAUUUGUCUUCAGAAUAAUAGGACUUCUAAACAACAGACAAGACCCUCCUGAAAUCGAAAAACAAUCUGAUCAUAAAAGCUAUUCAUGCACCAGGUGUACCAACCAGCCAAAACACCAAAAUCAUAUUGCAACGGGUGUUCCUUCAAGAAACGACAGAAAGAGUAAUGCGUAUGAGAUCACGGGAUAUAUCAGGCCGAGGCAGAAACCAACAGGAUAACAUGUCCAAGUGCCAUUAGACCCCAUGCUGAUCCCCAGAUUUCGCACUCUGUUAAUUUCGAUCUCUCUUUCACCGCUGUGCAUGUGACGAGCUGUCAUUUUGGCCGCAAUAGUCGAGGGUUCUGGGAUAGCCAGGAUAACUCUGAGUGUAUUGAGGAUAUCGCUCAUCCCUCUGAGCAUUAUUGGCCGAAGUGCUGGUAUCGACAGUCCUUGUGAACUGGUUGUCAAAUUGUGAGAUAGUGUUGGUACCACGCCUGAUACCGUUUUGUUCGGCUUCAUCAGGAGACGAUUCAGUUCGAAUUUGCUGGCCGUUAACGAAGUCGGUUGUUCUUUGUCGAGGGUCAUCCAGCGAGUGCUGGGCCCCUGGCAAAUUUACUUGGUAUUGAUCGCCAGGAGUAUCGUUGGAUCCCUGGGUAAUACGACUAUUCGGAAUGGGUUAGCUGGUGGUCGUUGUCUUUCCAAUGAUAUCACCCUCACAUACCUUCCCUGGUAGGCGGGCUGAUUUGUUGGAGCAUAGGUGUAGCCCAGUGCACCUUGACUUGAGGCUGUUUGUUGAUAUGAUCGGUUCUGAUACGGAUAGUAGGCUGUUCCAGAGUGCUGAGUUUGGAGCAGGUGUUGGUGCAGCAUGACAUCCUGGGGUGCAGGAGUCUUGCGCUGUGGCUGCGGUGCUUGCCUUGCAUGGCUCUGGGUUAUAUUCGCGUCCGGAGACGAGAACCCACUCGCAUCUCUGGCGUAGCGAUCUCCCGAAGAGGUCAUGGUUGUUCGACGAGGAUCCUCAGGGGGAAGAGCCGACUGAUCGUGAACGUAUGAGAACAGUUGAGAGUAAGAGGCGGGAUGGAUGUAUCUGGUGGGCGACAGAUCCCUGUGAAGAAACUUUUAACUGGCAAUCAUCGCAUGGCGGGCAUGAAAGGGGUAUUAAUGCGCCAUCUCUCUGUUACGCGGUAAAGGGCUUGUGGCAAGCUUGGGCAAGGUUGAUCGGAUUGCAGAGAUGAAACACUUCAUAAACCCGUUUUUUUUUUUUUUGUGUUUUUUCGUACAGCACUACUGCUUGUCAAGGGCCUGAUAUUCGUCAGACAUUGCUGCUUUAAUGAAGGCUGGACGUCAUACGGUUUGCCAGCGAAUUGGUCUAGCAACUUCUGCCAGUUUGCGAAGGUCAGCCACGACAACAUGUGCUAGGAGAAUGAAAGGGUUAUUACAAGACAGGGUCGAUUUACAUCAGCCUGUGGCGAUACGAGAGGUUGUCGUGGCAUGAAAGAAACAUGGCCAACCUGGGAAUGGGAGUCAAUUUGCUCGCCUCAGCAUCUGGUUUGCUGCUGUUGACUGGGUCUUCUGUCACGAGGCAUAUACCUAGGCGGAAUGUUACUUUCAGAGGCAAAAGGCAUCUAUUAGAUGGAUCCUUGGGAUGACGACAUGUUCGAAAUCAUCAGCGUAGAUUACCUACGAUGAGAAGGUUCGCAUGGUACGCACAAAGGCAGUAUGUCAGCGGCAGCGGCUACUCCUGCGAGAAAGGAUGACCAAGCAGACAUCCUAUCGAGAUUCAUCCGUUGUUCAACUAGUUAUACGCGUCCCUUGGCUGUGUUUGGUUGGGUCAAGGGAACGCAACAAACGGGUCGAAAUACUCUGGUCAGGUUGCGACCUGGCAUCGUUUCGGAGGCGACUAAUCGGAGAAGGCUUGACUAAAACCAUUCGGCUUGGACAAAAUCCCAAACUUCAAAGCGCAGAUGAACAUACGAAUUUUCAGUUCUGUUUAGUUUCGCGCAAUGUGCAGGGAAAGGGUGAAAAGAAACGCAAUUUUACAACAAAGGAAGACUUGGAAGAUUGGCAGCGGCUGACAACAAUAACCUUGUGCCAACGACAUGAAGGGUAGCCGCAGCAUGGUCGAUCCUUUCCUGCUUGCGGAGGUUCCUUCGUGGAUUUGUGUGUGAAUGAUAUGGAAUGGAUAUUAUUUGUACAAGAGAACAGCAUAUUCUCUUACUGAUUCACUGUCCUCUUAGCCAGCCAUACACAAGGAAGAGGGUAAAAUUGUUUCACUUAAAACUGCUGGACCUACUACUUUCGCAUCUCAAGCAGCCACAGAAGGAACUUAUCGCAAAAGGUCUCGGCAACCCCGAAAACCCUAGGAGAUUCCGGGGAAAGCAGAGCUAGUAAAUGUAACAUUCACGGGGAUUGGCAAACCCCCGAUGAGGCUGAACGCAAUGAGUACCCCAGCAUCCGCUGUACGUUCGAGGUUCAUUCAUUAACACAGCAACACCUUGCCAAUGAAAAGGAGUGAUAUAACAUGCAAGAUAAGUACACAAUCAUAUUGUAUUCCUUCAUGUUACUAAUGACUAGGUGAAGAUAAAGAUAAACCCUGAUGUUGUUCAAAUUAUGGUUACCCCGCUGACCCUCAUCCAUCCUUGUAACUCGGGGUGGCAUUGAUGUUGGUUUGCUUGACCAGCUGAACAAUUCCAACAUCCACGGUGCCCCCAUCUUUCCUCCAAAAACUACUGCAAACUAAACUCACAUGUCACAAUCGCUGCCGCAUUUGCCUUUGACUAUUAUUGAUCACGGACACCACAAUUCGCUAGUUUGCAGCAGUGUUAGCCAUGUUUGGAUCCCUUGCAUCCCAAAUGUCUGCAUCGUGCGGUUGCAUGUCCAAUUACGUUGUUUGCCGGGAUAAGACGUGGCGUGAUAUCCUGUGCUUCAGGUUCCUCGAAAAGGAAAAAGAUUGAAUGAGAGCAAGCCAGGCUAUUCGACGAAGUCCACAGUUGAAGCAGUGGUCAACAGGACAUUGCGCUCCCGGUUUUCGCGUUGAGACUCUGCAAAGAUCAGGACCACUUCACUGGUGGCAGCAUGUCAGAAUGUUGUCGAACAAAUCGGGCUGUGAACUUACCAGAGGUUCUGCACAAUGCCUUUUUGGUUGUGGUCCCUCCACCUGUUCACUGAAUAAGCUGCAUCCUAAAGCCACCAGCCGAGCUUUGUUGCCUAGGUCAUUUUGGUCCCGUUCUCUUUGAGAGGAUUGAACUCUUUCCCUCUUCGUGUUAUAGGGAAAACCUUCGCUGAUUUUUGACAAGUCGUUCGGCAAACUGAAACCUUCCCAGGGCCGAUCAGCAUCCCUCAACCAAGCCCACACCUGGGCUUCUUUGGUCCGAUCCCCGAUAGAGGCGGCUAUAAUCCCAGUGCGAGUCGCCAAGAGAAGCUCUCGCUUGACUGUGGCCUAUUGUUUCAGUGCUGUGCGUGGAAGCAUUACCGCCCUUGGAGGGUACAGUGCGUGGCCGACCGCUGUGAAACGAAGUUGUCAAGACUUUCUUCCGACUACUGCGUCUGAGAUGCGUCGCUUUUGAUGGAUCCAUAACAUGAAUAUGGUUGCAAGAAAACACUUUCGUAUUGAUCGCUAUCUACUUUGUCCUUCAUCGGCACGAAAUCCUCCUGGCUCCUUCUAUAAUCUACCAUGGCAUGCGGCUCAAAAGCAACUUGAUCCCUUCAAAGACCUUAGGUACCCACAUUCGUGCCCAAAGCAGUGAACUGUGACAACUGCUAGUCGUACCUCAAGAUCAUUGCUGGGCACAGCCGUGUGAGUACCGCCCCUGGUUCUACUGGAGGCUGGUUCUGCGGACACUACGCCUCAAGGCUGUGGUUUUCUUGUGACACUAUUCAGAUUAGAGGGGAGAAUCAUGACUGCACUGCCCUAUGACGCUGAAUUUCAGUCACACUUCCGACUCGUCGGCCUUAAACCGCCCUGCCCAACAGCAGAAUCGGCAUGUCUCAUGGAAGCUGCGAGGCAGACAAUCCUCAGCACCCAGCCAUCGCUACUGUUAUGACUUGUUCCCUGGCAUACACACUUACGGCUCUUCCUAAAUCACAGACUGAAUGGAUCCAUGACCACGCAGAUUUCAUGAACGUGGAGUGGCCCCAAUGGAAAUGUUUUCAUUGCGAAGGUCCAAAGACAUGCGUCAUGCUGGUCGCUGUGCAGCAUACCGGCCUGAACCAAAAGUGCUGCAUGUCUACUGCGGUUGCCUGGCUUGGCUUCUGAUGUCUGGCACACAGCCCUGAGAUCGACUUGAAUAAAGCCUAGCUCAUAGUUUGAUGAAGCUGCACAGCUUUUCUCAGCAUCGCCCCCUUUUUCACCACGUCAUGACGUACAUUGCCUCUUCACGCGCACUUCCCACGACAAGAUAGUAAGCAACUGCAAAAGAGGCCCAGCACACCGAGAGGAUUCUACUCACAUGUGCGGAUUUCAAUGUCCGGAGGUCAAGCGCAAUAAUCGGCUUUCAAAAAUCUUUCGACUAAUGUUUGCGCCACUCUCUGGAUCAGCAGGGCCCCGAGAGUGUGAGUUUUCUGGGUUUCUAUACAAACACCCACCCCUUAGGCAACCACUUUUGCCGAGCUUUCUACCAAUCAUUAGGUUCUCUCAUACCAAAUCACUCAAGAGAAUAUCAAGGAGCGUUUCGGAAUUCGGAAUCUCAGGCGCUUUUGAUGCUUCUCAGAAUUGCUGAAAUUAAAAUAAGUUUCUUGGCCCGAUUUUUUAUUCGAAAUUCAACCAGGGAGAUGGAUGCAAUGAAGGAUAUCUGCAUUUGGCCCGCUCGCAUUGAGUUCCGGCUUCUGACGCAAAUCCCCGAGGGACAUAGAGCCCGGCUCGUUACGUUGCGCCCAGCACAAGGCCAUGAGUUCAAAAAUUGGCAAUGUUCACAAAUGGUUUCGCGUAAUGCCUAAUCUGGCAGGUUGGGUCUGGAUUCUCAACUCCUUCAACUUGAGUGUUGCUACCUCUGGCGCAUAACGCCGUUGUUGCUGACGACACAUCUAUCUCAACUUUCAACCGCUACAUUAUCGGAAAAGUAUAUUGUCAACUGUUGGAAAAGCCAAAUUCAAAUGAAGUCACUUCCAUCGUCUUUUCAACCUUGACAAAUCUGAUGUGUCGUCGAUCCAACCUGAUGGUGAUUGGUCGUCUAGACGCAGUGCCGCGCCAGUGGCAUUACCAGGUCCACGCACGAAGCAUUGGAGCACUAAUUGAACAAACCUGGCAUUGGUAGACGCACCACGUGGCAGACUCAUAGUAGUCUAAUUGCCGAUAGUGACCUGGUCCUGGAGAUCUACUUGCUCGUCACACAUGAUUGCUAGGCGUGCAACGACCCAGAAGCCGAUCAGUCGGCUUGUGCUUGGCGAAGGAUCUCGUACAAGUACAAGUUAUACAAUCUGGAGAGUAGAAGCUACUGGCUGGGUCAAGAUCAAUGUCAAAUGUGUUGGGUUCAAGAAUGCAUUGGGCCGCAACAAAUGUACCGUCCAAUUCACUGUGACCCAAAGCCCCAAUGACUGGAUCAUACAAUUCAAGCCUUACCCAACCACCCAUCUAUCUCACAAAACACAGUGAAUGUGUCAGAGCACUCUGAACAGUAGUGAGGGUAUCCGCAACAAUGAUUCGAGCGUCCCGGAAUUUCCAGGCGAGCCUAGCUCCUCGUCAGCCUCACUUUUCUCGGCCUGCGCAUCCAUAUCGACCAGUCGAUUCCAUUACAAAUAUUGCAUCCAAUCAAGGAAGGUGUGAUGUUGCUGCGUUUUCUAAAACUCGCAUGUUAUCGAUCAUAUGUGGACUCUAUUCGUGCUCCUGAUAUGUUGCACAAGCGCGAGAGGUGUGAAAUCUUCAGGGACCAGGUUUCAUAUGUGAAGAACUUAGUGAUAGAUCAUAUUAGAGGAAAACGUUACAUAUUGGGCCAUCCUGAGGAAGCUAAUUGGACCGAUGAAUCAAUCUUUUGAUGCCUGACAAGCUUACAGCUGCUCUGCUGGGAAAUGUCACUGAUGUGAUGUGGUGUGAGAUGCAUGAGCAGUGCUGACAUAUUGAAAACUCGGUGACUCUGCUCCCUUGGGAGUAAAUCCUAGUGUUAUUCGCUUGUGACGAUUAAGUUUGCGCAGACCAAACUCAAUGCUAUGACCCCAGGUCUUUCUAAACCAAACAUUAGAGGGUGAUAUGCAAGAUAGGGUAGACCGGCAUUACGGCCUAACAAGCUGUUAAUCUGCCUAAUGAGCAAGACGGAGGAAGCCCGGAAGGAUCCACUUUUCCCGGCCGUGACACAAGGACAACUCUUCAUAGCGGCUUGCCUUUGCUCUGUAGAUACCAUCGUUUAAUUUUGAGCGUCAC